UGUUCGCAAAAUAUCAUUAAAAAAAUAGUUUUCUUUUUCACGCACUGUCGCAUAAUAACAAAUGAAAAUAGCAGCUAUACAGUUAUAGAAUAUCAAUCAAAUGUAGCUAUGACACAGCCGAACCAAGUAAACGUAGACAUUGAAAAUGUUCCUCCAUCCGAAGUAUCGCCUCGGAAUAAUGUUUUGGUCAGAUUGGACUCAAUUUCUAGGCCUUCGCCAACAAACAGGAACAAUGUGGGGCUCGGGGACCGCCUUAGCAGUGUCUUCAGGGAGAUUAGACCACUCGUUGAGCAUGCCCGAAUGGGUAAUAAUGCAAGGUUAUCCCUUCCAACAUGGCUUCCUCGAAACCCACCUGGCACACAUCAAGCAACAGAAGUUCAAAGACCACAGAGUUCUAUAGCACAUGUGAACUUGGGCCCCAAUGCCCAGACUUACAUAGUGAAUGAGCGAGUAGUGCUGGGGUCCCUGCCAUUGUCCCCGACACAUGGAAUGAGUAAUGUGGCCAUCGGAGAGCCUGAGGCUCCUGAGCCUGCUACAGACCUCCAGGACAUCAAUGUGUCCGUCAACCCUUCUAACAAUAAUAAUAUACAUGACAAUGUGGAUAAUGAUAGCCAAAGUGAAGAUGGCACGCAACAGGUAGUAGAUGUGCGAGGAACACUGAACCUCCUGAUCCGCUACGCGCCGUUCUACUUUAUCCUGUUCAUCAAGUUCCUGUACGACGCGCGCGCGGGGCUCUUUGCCUUCUUCCUGCUCUUCUUCACAUUCUCACAUGGAAAUGCAGCUGUCAAGCGAGAGCACGCCGCGCAACUGAACCGCAGCAUAGUGGGCCUCGGCUUCGUGCUGGUGUGGACGGCCGGCUUCGUGGCCGUCGUGCACUACGUGUUCGGUGAUGGCAAGCUGCUGCCCAACGUGGUCAUGUUCCCCGCCUACGCCGGCCCCAUCGACGUGUGGGAGCUGCUGUGGCUGGUCGUGCUGACCGACCUCAUCGUCAAGAUCAUCACGGUGGACGUGAAGAUAUUGCUCACUAUGAUGCCUGCGUGCUUGCUGCCCUUUCAGAAAAGGGGUAAAGUGUACUUGUUCGUGGAGUCGGUGUCGCAGCUGUACCGCUGCCUGCUGUCCAUCCAGCCCUGGCUGUUCUACCUCAUGCAGUCCUACGAGGGCUCCGAGAAGAUGGUCGGCAUGUUCCUCGUCUCCAUAUACGUGGUGGCUAAGCUGAUUGAGCUGCUCAUGAGGAUACGGCUUUUCAAGAACGCUACGUGGACCAUGCUGCAGAGUGUGAAUUUCGGCACGAAGCCAACGAGCGAGCAAGUCCUCGCAGCGGGUGAUGCGUGCUCUAUCUGCCACGACGACUUCAAGACGCCCGUGCGGCUGUCCUGCUCGCACAUCUUCUGCGAGCCCUGCAUCUCCGAGUGGUUCGACAGAGAGCACACGUGUCCGCUCUGUCGCGCCUCCGUCGAGGACGGCCAUGCGUGGCGGAACGGUUCCACGACCUUCGACUUCCAGCUCUACUAGUGUGGACGCUCAGCGGAAUUGAGUGACGAAUUAGGGCUCGGUCGAACUUUAAGGUUCAAAUUAAGUCUUACAGUUAGCCUUGACGUGAGCCUGUAAGGCUCGAUCGAACCACCUAAUCCAAUGCAGUGGACUGCAUGGUAUGGACGUUAGUGGCACUUUAGCGCCACUUGCACCAUUCCACUAACCCGGGGUUAAACUGUUAAACCUUGAGUUACCAUGUUACCAGUAUUUUGACACUGGGUUAACGGUUUAACCGAUUAACCCCGGGUUAGUGGGAUGGUGCAAGUGGCACUUAGUGUUCUGUUCUAAAUGAGCUUUAGCGUGAUUCUUGUUUUAGGUUAAGCUUUGGUUAAUUAAGCGGAAUGCCAAGCUGGAGUGACAGUUGGGAGCGAGAUAAUUAAUGUCCUACGUUUGCCCCUUAUGCCACGUAAAAGGCGGUCGCGUAAAACGUAGCACAUUUAGUUACAUAUUCGUAUUUUGCCGCUAUUGCCGACAACGGCCUUUCAAAAUUACCGUUAAGGUAAGGCAUCCCAAUAAGGUUUAAUGUUGCAAUGCUCUUUCUUUAUUCUUUCGCACCUACACCAGAACAUGGAUCCGUGGAGCAUGUUAGGAGUUUUACUUAAUUUACAUUAAAAUUCAAAGCCUACUUACACGGAUCUAAGUUCGUCACGCCGGGUUGGCCUAAAAGUUGAUUAUCUCUUGAGUUCAAUAGGGCGUCCAUUAUUUAAAUAUUGUCUUGUAGGAAGCCUUUUUGUUUCAGUUCGUUAUUUAAUCUAUGUAUUCUGCUUCAAUAACCUAUUUUUGUGAUAAUUCUACAUAGGCCUUGUCCUUGUUUACUGAUAUAUAUUGAAGUAUAUUAUGUAAGAUAUGUUUGUGGCUGAAUGCAAGCGCUAGGGCUGUCAGUGUCCUGACCGGCCUUGCCGCAACCGUGAUAUUACAGUGGUCAGUGUAGAUAGUGUUUAAAGUUAUAUUUUCUUACUAUCCUUGUUGUACAUACAGUAGCGGCGUCGUGUGCUUAUAGCACAGAUUACGUGAUAUUACAGAAGAAAUGUUAGUCUUAAAAACAUUUUAUUUUAUUUUUGUCACACGGUGGGGUUAACGUUCCUUUUUAAUGAUGAGUAAUAAGCAGAUCAUAAUAAUGUUAACUACCGAGAUCAGUAAUAAUUAGUGGUUUGUCUUCUCUGCUAUUACGUAAUCUAUGGGCACAGACAAUAAAGGCUUGGCCAAACACAAGGCACUACGCAGCGCGGCGGUCGCGCGGCGCGACCGCCGCCCAUGCUAACUGGUUAGCGACGUCAAACAGACUGCGUCCCGCCGGCAUCGCGCCCCGUCGCGCGCUUGCACGCGGAGCGGAUGCGCGCGGACGCGGCGCCGCGCUGGGUCACAUCAGUCGGACGUUAGGCAGCGUGCGGUGCGUGGUGCGAGCGUAGUAAUAUAUUAGUUAUUUUGUGAUUGUGGUUAUGGAUUAUCUAUGGCGUCGGAAGGAAUGAGAAACCCUCCGCGCGCGCAUUCUGUAUCGGGCGCGAGUCACGCCCGCAUCGCGCCGCGUUCGCGCGCGCAAUGAGGGCGUGUUGAGAGCGCGAGGCCGGCGCGAUCCGCGCGCGACCUGUUUGAACAGGCAUCACGCGGCGCGGACGCGGCGCUGCGUCAUGCCGUGUGUUUGGCCAAGCCUUUAAUUGGGGUAGAUUUGAACCACGAAUUUGUCCAAAUUGUUCUCUUAAAACCAUUAAGGUAGGUCGAUAAGUAUAGUCCGACAAGAAAUUGUAAAAUGUAAAUGAGGGCGCCACUUCCUACGUAACUAUCACAUUUUUGACGUAAAAUGCUUAAGCAUGGCAACAAUUUAGUAUGGAAUUUUUUUUAGUUCCAUUUUAUUUAAUUUCUACUAUUUUAUGUCGCACUAUAACAAUUGUUUUUUUUUUCUCCACCUACUUGGUGGUAACCAGUGGGAAUAACCCAAAAAUGAUUGCGAAUCAUGGUUGGCUGUCAACUCGCAGUUCAUAGUGGUCCAACUGCGAUAGCCAAUAAAACUAUUGUAUUAGUUGUAUUGUAUUUCCGCUUAGUUUAUCAGUAGUGAUGCCGUAAAACCCGGCAAAGUAAGACAAUACAUAAAGGAAUUUGUAAAACAUGUUGUCUAUUACAAUAUUUUUUUAACUUCGCCUUUAACAAACUAUUUUUUUUUAUUGCGUGAAAUGUUACUUUCGGAAAUAGAUCAGGAAUUAAUGAAUCGUAUGAAUUAUUAAUACUGUUGUGUGUGUUUGUUAUGUUCUUUUUUACAAUUAUGUAAUGCGUUCACUGUUUUGAGACUGAGUGCAGAUUUGUAAAAAGCCUGAAAAUGUACGCUGCGGACAGCGAAUAGGCGGGUCCACUCGGAACGAGGCGCCUCGCGAGGGUAUUGUAUUGUAUUGUAGUUCCGCAACUCGACGACUGGCGCCUAUUUUGCGUGACAGCCUCGCGAGGGUAUUGCCGCACGAAUCAGCUCAAUUUUUGUGUAAUAUUUUUUUUGGCACGGUAUGUUAGGUACAGUGUAUGUACACUGCUGGAUACUUGAAUUUUUAAUACAUCAUCCUCAAUUUACAAGGCAGCUUUUGGAGAUUCUUACUUGUCACAUAGCUACUCUAGAAUGAUUGUUUCAUAAGUAUUUCCCACUUUGUGCGACAGUGUUAAACGUUUUGUUUAUUUUUUUCUUAUAAUUAAUUACGAUUAAAAUUGAAUAUACGCGACGUACCGAGGUAUUUACCUAAAUAUUACAAACGGUAGCCAUAUUACCAUACAAAUAGAAUUGGAAUUGAGGAAUAAGGUUGACUAAAAUUACGCUUAUAGAAUGGCGAUGUUCAGUGGCCUAUAUGCGACUGCGAUGCAAGUUAAUAUUGAAGGUUAUGCACUCCGUGUGAGGCUGUGGCGCGUGGCGCCGCCCCGCCCUAGUGGGUGUGGGACAUAUUGUUUAUUUGACAGUUGGCAGCUACGUGAACAUGUCGUCCUAGGAAACUUCAUAUUUUCACCACGUCGUGCGUUGGCGUCGUUCCUUCACCACCAACUUCGCACAUAGCCAAUAGCGUGGCGCUAAUUUGCGCCUCCGCAUACUACUAGAGAUAGUGAUAUAUUGGUAUAUAGCUUUUAUCCCUUUGCGAUACGGUUUUAAAAUGGUCAGUUCACUGUGCAGUACAGUGUUCCAACGGCCUAAAUCCGCGUAGACAGUUGAUUGUUUACACUCAAAUUCUUAAAACCCUGGACAGCCGAGGACCUAAGUUAAAUUGACAAUAAGAUUACUACAUUAUGUGUAUUAUGUAUGAGAACCCGUACUCUUUUAUCUGUCUUGUGAAAAUCGUAGGUAGUAAUGUUAAGCAAUACUUUUUUAUAUAUGUUAUUUUGAUAAUUUACUUUAAAAUCACAUCUAUUCUUAAUUUAUUUGAAUAAUUCACAUACCUCUUUGACUGCUAAUUGUGGUAUCUUGAAAUGUAGUUACACCUGUGGUUACACUCGUAACAAAUAAUUAUGAUUGUAGAUUUCACAAAAAGAUUAAGUAACGAUUCCUGAUUUAAUUCCUAUGAAAAGAACUGAUUUGGAAAACAAAAAUUAUGAUUUUAAUCGCAUUUAGCUUAUGGGUGACUGUAGUUUUCGGCUCAAUUUUAGUAAUUUAGAUUGUUUUUAGGUUAACUCCAUGAUCCAUAAAAUGCCAAAACAAAUAUACAUUAUAGAAUAAUUCAAUAUCCUAAUUUCCAUUAAAUUCCACGCCACAACAAUAGUAACUUGCCCAUUCAAAAGUUUUUGUGAACAAUGUCAUAGAUCUGAAAAUCGCGUGCGUUGGUGAUAUACUUUUUGGCACUAUACUGUAUAAUAAUGGCAAACCCAAAAAUUUACUUUUCACCAGCUGGUAAAGGCUCUCUUGAUUGUUCAAAAACUGAUGAGAAAGUUGCAUUUUAUCCACAUGUGGGGCAAAGUAAUCAAAUGCAAAUUUUGAUUUGUUUCCUAUGUUUGCUGGUAGAAUUGACUUUUAAUUGAUGAUUUUUGAAUGAUAAAUAUUUAAUAACAUUCAUUUUGAAUUGAUUUGCUUUGUUUUUUUUUGAUAUUUUACAGUUAGUAUUUUCCUUGUGUUAAUGUGAUAAAAAAAAAAUUGUGUUUCACUCGGUGGCAAAAUUUGUUUAACCCACGCAACGCUCAAGAUUCCAUUUCUUGAACCACUCCCUACGCUCGUGAUUCAGUUUUAGAAUCUUUCGCCUGCUUGGGUAUCAAUAUUAGCACGAGAGGUUAAACAACAACUUUGCCCCCUUGUAAAACAAAUAACUAUGUAUUUCAUUUACCUUUCAUUUUACAAAUAACAAGGAAUAGUGUUUCGCUAGGAUCCCUUUCAUUAAAUGUUGAAUACUGUAAACAGGUAGGUACGUCGUGCAGUGUAUGUGUACCUAUGUAUAUUUUUUGUAUUCUGUACAAUUCUUUGUACCUACCUGUGUCCAUUUUUAGGGUUCCGUACCCAAAGGGUAAAAACGGGACCCUAUUACUAAGACUCCGCUGUCCGUCUGUCACCAGGCUGUAUCUCAUGAACCGUGAUAGCUAGACAGUUGAAAUUUUCACAGAUGAUGUAUUUCUGUUGCCGCUAUAACAACAAAUACUAAAAACAGAAUAAUAUAAAUAUGUAAAUGGGGCUCCCAUACAACAAACGUGAUUUUUUUGCUGUUUUUUUCCGUAAUGGUACGGAACCCUUCGUGCGCGCGUUUUGCCACAACUUCAAACCGCAUGUAAAUUAUUUAAAUAUAGUUAUAUAUACAUAUAUAUAAGGACAUUGUGAUAAAAAUCAUGAAUCGUGUUAUUUAUUUUAUAUUUAAUUAUGAAUCAUUGCUCUAUUAUUAAUUAGUAUAAGCCCUAGGCCCUAGCACAAAUCAAGCUGUAUUUAUGUUGAUUCUCCAUACGGAAGUACACGUCUCGUCAUAGUCUCGUAUUUUGGGUUUAUAACCAUUUGCCUAGUCAGAUUGCCAAACUUUACUUUUGUAUGUAUUUCUAUUAUGUAUGUAUAAACAGACAUUAAAAAAGCGAUGGAAAUAGAAUCUGUUUGCAUAAACAGGAAUCAUCGAAUCAUCCAGAAAUAAACCAAAUUUUCCUCUACUCUCUGAUAUUGUAAGGCGGCAUUUGAAUAUUGUUACGCGUGCCUGUACAGGUAAAUUACCACUAUGUAGUUUGUGAUUGACAUUGUUUUAAUACUUUAACUCUUUUCCAGGCAUAGUACGAUUUACCACCACAUACGCGCCUAUACAAUUUCAUCUUAAGCAUUCCGAUUUAAGGUUCAAAUUAGAUUGCGCUUUCGGGAAAUGUGAUUUGUCUUCAAAUGAAUCAUCAAAGCUGGAUUAAUUGGAAUAUAUUUGGAUUUUUUGGAAAAACCUUGUAGAUAGGCGCGGGCUGGAAAAGGGUUAACAUAAACAGAAUAACGACAAUAUUUAAAACAUUUCGCCUAACGAUAUGAUGGAUGUAACAUAGACUUUAUGAUUAUGAGAAUAAGGUACAAAAUGAAAUGUAGGUAUUUAUAACAAUUUGCUAUCAGAAACUACAGGGGCAUCCAAGGUGUACUUAUUUAUGACAUGUCAUUAACAUUCCAUUUACCUAUAAGUAAUUACCUACAAGGUGUUCUAUUGCUGUAUAAUCUAACUUUACAAUACUAUACGUAUACAAAUUUGUUGUUUCUUAGAAUUGAAUUACGGUGCUUUGAGAUUCCGAAAAUGUUUGAAAAGUAUGAAAGGAAAAGUAAUGUACAGCGAGCUGCAAAAGUGCAUACCCACUUUAUGAAUGAAUUCCUUUAUUAAUGUGGCCAUGCAGUUUUGCAGCUUGCUGUACAUCGAAUCAUCUGUUUUUACUAUUUUUGGAAUGAACCAAAGCACAGUUUAAAGUAGAGGAGUACCUAUUGUAAAUAUGAAUACCACGUAGCGUGAAGGACUACGUUCGAAGGGAAUACUCAUUACAAUGAAUGACUGGAAGCUAUUUUGGGGCGAAAGGUAUGUAGUUGAUAGGAUACGACAAUAAAAUGCAAUGUUUACGAAGAUCCGUUAGAUUCUAUCCGUACCUACUCUGAUCAGUCAGAAUGUCCUGAUGGUAUCUAAGCGACAGUCUGGUGAAUUGAGGUCGGAAAAUAGUAUUCAAACCUCACGAAAAAUUUAAUGCCAGUCAAAAAUAAUCCGAAUGUGACAAAAGAUAACAUAAUUGCGGUUUAGUAACGUAACGGAGUGUGGCUGUCACGAACGCAGUCCUCGGAUAUCGGAUCCUAGAUAUUGUGGAUUGUUAAGUUACUCGAAACGGACUCUUUGCUACUAAGAAAUAAUGCACAUGGUGCUCGAUACAUCCCUUUUGAGAGGACCCGAAAUAACGAACCAACGAGUGACUUAAACUGUACCUCUGUAUUGUGAAUUAAUGAACCCCUGUAGAUAAAAUAAAUUAAUUAAAAGUUUACAAAAUUGAAAUUUCAA